UGCACACCGAAUGCAGGGGGCAGCAGAGAGGGAGGGCCGAGGGGGUAGAGCUGUUGCUGUCGCCACCACAAACACGAGGGGCUAAUCUCAAUCCACAGAAUCCCAAACUCGUUUACGAAGAAAACCCAGAUCCCAAAACCCCUCUCAUGAUCAAAAACCCACAACAACAAUCCCAGUUUCAGAGCAGAUCUCUUUUAAUUUAGGCUUUUUUUUUGGGGAGGCUCAAUAAGAAAGGAGAAGAAUGAGCAGAAGCUGGGUGAGGACUUUAGGGAACGUGAGAUCUUUUGUAGGCAACGCGCUCGGGGGAUUGAGAGGAGGAAGCAAUUUGGCUUCAUGGGCUGUCGCUGGAACUCUCGCUUACUUCCUCUGGGUCAAGCCCCAAAGAGAACUCAAAAGACAACAGGAGGAGAGAGCAGCUUUAGCAGCAGCGAAUGAUCCUUAUCGUUAUGUUGAGAAGACAAAGCCCAUUCCUGAUCCUCAGGAGAGAGGAGUGAUAUAUGGAAACAAAGGGCAAAGCAAGAAACCAGACAGCUGAUUCAUAUAAAUCUGCAACUACAACUGUGAUUUACUACCCCUAGAGCGAGAGAAACUUUUUUGUUUAUGUAUAAAAUUUGCGCAAUAAUUUGAUGAACUGGAUGUACAGAGAGAAUUAAAAUUUGCUUUUCUUGUGCUGUUAUGGAUCAACUGUUUCAUGUUUUUCUU